AUGCGCGAGUUGCAAACUCGUAGUCGAUACAAAAUACGGCGAUUUGCGAUGCACAGCGAAAGUCUGUUUUUCCUGUGUGCAGCCGAUGACCGAUGGUGCCGAGCGUAUGGCGUCAGUUCGGAAGGAAUCCAUUGCACAGCAUUUGUUCGAGUCUAUGAUUACAAGGUGAGAAAAUACACUAUGUGGCCUCCUUUUUCGUCGCCUUAUUUGGUUCUGAUCAACUUCGUUUCACGUGGCACACCGUGA